AUGGCUUCAUCGUCGAAUAAUCCUCCAGGUGAAAAUGUACCAGAAGAAGAUUCAGUAGUUUCUAGGAACGGAACACAGUCUCAAGAGGGAAAUUCGUCUGAAUAUCAAAAUGGAGGGACAGGAAAUUUUAACUUAGCAAAUGUAGCAGCUGCAAUGCCUGUCUUACAGCCUCCUCCAGGGUUAUUUCAGAGUUCAACUGUCCCUGUUUUUCCAGUCCCGUUUCUUCGACCACCUAUACUUGGUCAGGGUGAAAAUGUACCAGAAGAAGAUUCAGUAGUUUCUAGGAACGGAACACAGUCUAUGCUCUUUCUCUCAAAAACCAUGUAA